UAAAUAAUUGAAAUACAUACAAUAUCUUAUUUUUCCUUUCAUUUGGGUAUCUAUAUAUAUAGAGAGGUUGUUAGCUUAAUAGAAUUAUAUUCAUUUGAGAGAAGAAAGAGAGAAAGAAAUUAAAGAUGGGUGUUCGUGUGAUUCCAGAGACGAUGAUCCAACAUGCAAAGCAAAUUCUAAGAUUGAGGUCUCAUCAUCAUAGUUUUGCAAACAAAAUUGAUGUGCCAAAAGGGCACUUUGCGGUGUAUGUGGGAGAUGAAGAUAAUAACAUGAAGCGGUUUGUGGUUCCUAUUUCCUUCUUGAAGCAGCCAAUGUUCCAAGCUUUGUUGAAAAAGGCUGAGGAUGAAUUUGGCUUUCACCAACCAAUGGGAAAUCAUCAUCUUCUUAUUCCUUGUCCUGUUGAUCAUUUCCUUGAUCUCACUUCUCGAAUCACCAACAACUAGCUUAAUUAGUAGUUAAUUAAUUAUCUAGCUACCUAAUUAUUGUGCUUGAUUCACUAUUAGUUAUUAUUCAUUCCCACAACUUUGUAUUUCCUAUGUACAUACAUUAAUAUUAUUGUAUUUAAUUUGA